AAAUGGAAGAUUUGGGUUGACGGUUGUUGUUGAGUUGCAGAUCGGAAAUCCUCUUCUGGACAUCCGAGUAGACGCGAAUGCCCUAGACCAGUACUGGUGGUCUCACGGCCUCAUCUCCGACGCUGCCUUCCACCUUCUCAAUUCCGUCUGCAAUGCAUCUCGUCUCGUCACCGAAGGAAUCACCAGUUCCCUCUCUCCCCAUUGCAUCUUCGUCGCCACUAACGUUUCCAAAGAGCUCUCUCCUGCUAUCGACUACUUCGAUGUUGCCGCCGGCGACGCUUGUCCCUCCGUCAACGCCUCCGAGUUCGCCGAUCUCGAUCGCAACGAUCCUCUGCGGUUCACUCUGUUCCGCGACUUCUUACAUGUUCAGAGUACACGGGAAGAUCGAGAUCCGUGUGUGGGAGAAUUUGUAGCGAAGUAUUUGAAUCGAAAGGAUGUGCAGAAAGCUCUUCAUGCGAAGGUCGUUGGAUUUUCGGAAUGGAGACGCUGCCGAUUGAGGAAAGAGUGGAAAUAUGAUCUGAGGAACAGAUUGGUGCCAACGAUCGAUAUCGUUGGCGCGCUCGUGAAGUCCAAAAUUCGAGUACUAGUCUAUAGUGGAGAUCAAGAUUCAGCUUUACCAUUUACUGGGACUCGGACAUUGGUGGAUUCACUAGCCAAGUCAUUGGAUCUGUACCCAACUGAGCGUUACAGAGCCUGGUUUGCUGAUAAAAAGGUUGGGGGCUGGACUCAAGUCUAUGGGAAGUUCUUAUCCUUUGCCAUUGUGAGAGGUGCAUCUCAAAGAACAGCACAAACUCAGCCCAAGAGAUCUCUACUACUUUUCAAGUCGUUUUUGGCUGGAAAACCGCUGCCGGAAGCCUGAUCAGGUAUUUAGAAGGAAAGAAAAAAUAAAUAAAAUGAAUGAAAUGAAUAGAAAACUGUCUUUUUUAUGCUUCUUUUAGGGUGUGGGAUCUGUCAUCCCCACCUCCAAUUACUCAGAAAAGCUUGGACAAUUGAAGCUCUAAUAAAUUAACAAUGGCUGUAAACAGAGAUCAUCUAUACAUGACUUCUGCUGUGUAACUUUUUUUCCCUU